AUGCUUAAUUCGAUAGAGUGUUUUAUUGAAGUACUUCAAUUACAAUAACCUUGCGAUGGUCUUGUUUCAGAAGUGUAACAAUUCUUAGAUUUCGAUAUGAACAAGGUGUUACAGCAAGACCAGAGGAAGAUAGUGCAAGACCCCAUGUAUGAAAUUGUCACUAGUAGCUAUUAGAUUGCUAAUCAAUUGGUUCAAUUAAAUAGAAGAUCAUUUAUCAAUUAAAUAAGAUGAAAAUGACAUAUACAUUACGCCUAUGAUAUAAGUUCAAGUGAUGUUGAUCAAUUCUUUCAUUUACAUUUCAAACUAAAAUUUACUUUAAGAAUACUUUUAUCUAUUUGAAGUCUUAUAAAAAAAAAUACUGUACCUAAAAAUAUAUUAACCAAACGAAUUGACAUUAACUGCUUUAGAACAAUGCUACAAAUUUGAAUAGUGCAUAGAUUGUAACAAAAUCUCAUAAAUUAGCAUGCUGCUUUACAAAAUUAAUUAAUUCAAUUCAAGUGAAAAAAUAGAUCAAUUUUAUCAAUACAUUAUUAAAUUCGACUAAAAAAAACAUAAAUUAGUUGAUUCAUAAGCAAACCUAAUAAUAUACUCCUAUUACUUAAUCUUGCAAUAAUGCUGUCAAUUGGUUGAGGAGAACAAGAAUCUUGAAACUGUUAUAUCGGUUUGUCUUAACAUCAAAGAGGAACUCAAGAAAUCGGAUCAGAAUUAUCUCAAUCAAUGCAAUCAAUGUAUCUUACUAUCAUACUAUAAAUUAAACAAAAUAACUGAUUUCAUUCAAUACAGCAAGCAAUAUGAUUUAUAGAAAACAACUCCCCUUGAAAUUCAACUCCUCAUCCUAAUUGUUAAAAUCAAAGAACUUUAAUCAGAAAUCGAUUUUGAAAAAGUGAGAAAUCAAGUCAGCAAGAUGUUCCAACAAUUCCUGGAUAACAACCUAAUGCACACAGUCACUGAUAUUUUGAUCCUCCUUAAAGAAUUGAGUUAGAAUAUUUCCUUGUACCCAAUCAAUUUCAUAUUAAUAAAUUAAUGGUUUCAAUUUAAAUACAAUUUGAUCCUCAGGGCUUCGAAUCAGCAGAACAUAAUGAAAUUAAGUAAGGACAUUAAUCAGAUGCUCAUUGACUUUCCAUAAUUACUCAACAUCAGCAACUUCAAUGAUGAUCAAAUUACGUCAUUGAGUCACAAUCUCAUAGGAAAUAUAAUUGAUUUGUGUUAAUUGGUUUUCACAAUUGUGUAACACAUAGGAAAAUACUAAGAAGUAAGUUUGGAUGAGUUUUUUCAUAUGAUCAUACUGAUAAUCCCCAACUUUGCAAGUGAUACUAGAUUGACCAAACAAUUCGGCUAAUUAAUAACUUUACUGUCAAAUCUGUAAAUCAAGGAGAGUCAAAUAUUGUAACAUUUAGCUAUGUUCUUAAAUUUAGAAUUCGGCAUCUUGCCGUAGACUCAAACAAUUCUAUUUUAAAAUCUCCUAAAAAAUUAUAAAUCAGGUAUAAUAACAGGAACGUUGUUGUUUUUGAAAGAAUUCCAAAGUAACAAUAAAUAAGAGAACAGAUUGAAUUUGUGUAAACAAUUGAAAUCACUUCUUGAAGAAUCAUAUUAAUUAAUUGAUUCAAAUUCAAUCUUAUUUUAUGCUAUCCUUGAAUCUUGCAUAAGAAAUUAAUAAAUCUACUAUUACUAGAUUGUGAUUAACUUUUUUGUCGAAUACAAGCCGACCUUAGAUUAACAUAUGUAUUAUUUUUUGUUGAAUUUUAUUGAGAAAUGCAUCAAAUAAAACGACACUGCUAAUGUAGAUCAAUUAUAUUAGCUAUUAUAUCAAUACAUUGCGUCGAAGAAAAGUCUCCCUAUUGAUCUUUGCAAGUAAUCCUACAAUAUGUGCACCUUUGAUUAAUCAACACUGGCAAAGUAAUUAGUAAAGCUUCACACUUUCUUUAUGAUUUCAAUGUAGAUGGACACUUGUACUAUUUAGUUCAUAAAAGAUACAGUCAUGGGAAACAAUUAAUAUAAGUAUUAAUGGAAGGUAGAAAACAAUAAAUCAUUGUUCAUUAUAGUUUCUGAGAUUUUAGAAUAAAUAUAGCCGGAAUCAUAAUUUAAACUGGAAUUGAUCAAUAUUAAACACUUAUUUGAAUUGCUAUUUUAUCUAAUAGAACAAAAUACUAAGAUGGAAGUGGACAAGGUGAUCCCUUAUUCUUUAAGGCAGAUCAUAAAGAUGGCGUACAAAAAUAAAUUAGAUGAUGUAAUUCACAUUAUAUAAUUAUAGUUUGUGUGUAAGAUAUUGUUAAUUUCGUUCAAUCACGAAAAUCUGUUUUUGUUUCUACUUUUGGAAUUGCAAUCAUAUGAGGGGAAUAGACAAUUGAUGAUAUUAAAGAAAUUCAUUUAUGAAUAAUAGAUACCAUUAUAUGGAUACUUGUUGGUAAUUUGUUAGAUAGUAGAAUAAAGUGAUACAUUGGAGACUAUAUUAGAGAUGCUGCCACAAUUAAAUUAGUAUAAACAAUAUAAUAAAUAGAAUAUUGAGAACUACUCCAGUGGAUGAUAAUUUGAGAUAAUUCACACAAUUACUAUAUUUGAAAUUGAAUGCUUUAAAAGAAUAUGUUCCAAUAGGUAAGAUCGAUAUGAUUUGUUAAUCAAUUAGUUUAUUGUCUAUAUGA